GAGAGUGCAGUGUCAGUACGAGGAGAAAUUCAGAGAGACUCCCAAAUACUGGUGUAAGAGCCCAUGUGUGUGGAAGAUGUGACCUUGGAGAACCUUAAAGAGGAUGAUGCUGGAACAUACCAGUGUGGGAUUGGUACAUCAGUCCUCCAAGGAUAUUUUCGUGACCGCACAUUCCCAGUUUUGGUGUCUGUGGAACCAGCCAGCACUGCAACCCUCAGCUUUGAGUGGCUCACCAACUUUCCAGAAUUUUACGUGACCCUGCCUGCCCUCACAUGGAGCACCAUGCCCCUGCAGGAGUCUGCAAGUUCCAGCCAACGUCCUGGCCCAUCACUGGAGAGUCAUCCUAUUGAAGACGAGGCCACAGAGGGAGAGAAGAGGUCCCUGCUCGGCAGCGUCCACUUCCUGCUCCUCAUUCUGCUGAAGGUGCCCCUGUUUCUGAUGAUGCUCAGUGCCGUGUUCUGGGUCAACAGGCCUCAGUGGGCAAUUUGUGGGCACCAGAGUCAGCCUGAUGAAGACAACCUUCAGCCCUCCUUGCCCAUCGAUAUCCUGUCCAGAGACAACACCACUCAGACUAGGAGAGGAAGAACUUCUGGACCCAGACCUGUCUCCUCUCCCCUUAUUGCCAAAAACAAACAAAUCAUUCAAUACUUGAAUGAAGCAAUGAGAUCCAUCACACACACAAGUCGAUGUGUGUGGUGUUUUGCUGGGGAGAAUGGGGGAGGGACGCCCUAG